GCCCGUCAUUGCUGCUUGCGGUGCGUCCACACUCUCUGUCUUCAGCCUGGCAUUCACUUUCAGGCAGCGGAGGAAUGGCGGAAGCCAUGGCGAUUCUGCGCGACGCCUCGCCGUGGAGCCUCCUCGCCGGCGCCGCGGCCAUGGCGGCUCUGUGGUUGGCGGCGCAGAUGAUUGAGUGGGUCUGGUGGGGCCCGAGGCGCAUCGAACGGGCCCUGAGGGCCCAGGGCCUCGGGGGCACCGAGUACCGGUUCCUGAGAGGCGACAUCAAGGAGGAGCAGCGGCUCGUGAGGGCGGCCCUCCUCAGGCCCGUGCCAAUGGACCGGCCACACGAUAUCGUCCCGCGCCUCUCCCCUCUCCUCCACCGUGUCACCGAGGAGCACGGGAAGGUUUCAUUCACAUGGUUUGGGCCAUACCCAAGAAUUACAAUCAGUGAUCCUGAGCUGGUUCGACAAGUUCUGGCAAAUAAAUUUGGCCACUUUGAUAAAACCAAGCUAGCCCGCCUUGCAAGGGUGUUUAUUGGUGGACUCGCAGUCAUUGACGGUGAAGAAUGGGCCAAACAUAGAAGGAUUAUGAAUCCAGCCUUUCAUGCAGAAAAGCUAAAGCGGAUGUUGCCAGCAUUCUCUGCAUCAUGCAGCGAACUAAUUGGCAGAUGGGAGACUUCAGCCAGUGUUUCCGUUGGAGAAAUAGAGCUUGAUGUCUGGUCGGAGUUCCAAAAUUUAUCAGGGGAUGUCAUUUCAAGAGCUGCAUUCGGUGUCAGCAACCAAGAAGGCGAACGGAUUUUCCAACUUCAAGCCGAGCAAGCAGAACGCCUUGUUCAGUCUUUCCGGACUAAUUACAUCCCAGGCUUCUCUCUCCUGCCAACAGAAAACAACAGAAAGAUGAAGGCUAUAAAUAAAGAGGUCACAGCGAUUCUAAGGGGCAUAAUAGAGAAGAGGCAGACGCACAUGAAAAAUGGAGGAGCUAACAAUGACGAUCUGCUCGGCCUGCUACUGGAGUCAAAUAUGGACUACAAUGAUGCCAAUGGCAAAACAAACAAGGGGAUGAGCGUGGAGGAUAUAAUUGGUGAAUGCAAGCUGUUCUACUUCGCAGGAAUGGAGACUACAGCCGUGCUGCUCACGUGGACAGUGGUGUUACUGAGCAUGCAUCCGGAGUGGCAGGAUCGUGCCAGGGAGGAGGUUCUGCAGACCUUUGGGAAAAACAAACCGGAUUUAAAUGGUCUUAGCCGCCUAAAAGUCGUUAUGAUGGUGUUUAACGAGGUCCUGCGCCUGUACCCACCGGUGAUGCUCAUUAACCGGCGAACAUACAAGAAGAUAGAGCUCGGAGGCGUCACAUACCCGCCGAACGUGAUGCUCGCGCUGCAACUCAUGUUCAUCCACCGUGACCCUGGCAUCUGGGGGGAUGACUCCGGCGAGUUCAACCCGGGGAGGUUUGCCGAGGGCGUGUCCAAGGCGAGCAGGGACCCAGGGGCCUUCUUCGCCUUCAGCUCGGGUCCGAGGAACUGCAUCGGACAGAACUUCGCGCUGCUUGAGGCCAAGGUGGCCAUCAGCAUGAUCCUGCAACGCUUCUCCUUCGAGCUCUCGCCGACGUAUGUGCAUGCUCCCUAUACCGUCCUUACACUGCACCCACAGCACGGUGUUCCGGUUAGGCUGCACCGGCUCUGAACCGAUGAUCGAAAUGUAUCUAGACCCCUCAGUUUGAUGUCAAGGAAAGUACAUUGUCUACACCGCAGCUGUCAGGAUAUCUUCCCUGGUUUUUAGUACAUCUAUAGUUGAAUCCUGAAUCACAGCGUGCAUGCGUACAUACUCUACUUCAGUUCAAAGCCUAAAAAAUUUAGCA